GUCAUAUCUCUAGCAUACCCUAGAGACCAAAACGCAAAUUGCCCGAAAACAACAAAGACGACGAAGAAGAAGAUUUUGGAACGUCAUUUCCUGUCUUGCGCAAGCCAGAGGAACGAAAGUAAACAUGGCGGCGGCGGAGAAAUCGACGAAGGAGAGACUGCUGUCUGUGCUGGAUGAUUUGGAGGUUUUAUCCAGGGAGCUGAUAGAGAUGCUGGCAUUGUCCAGGAGUCAGAAAAUGCCUCAACCUGGAGAGGACACGCAGAUCCUGGAGCUGUUGGUGCAGAGGGACAAGGAGUUUCAGGAGCUGAUGGAGGUGGCCCAGCAGCAGGGGAAGGUUCACCAGGAAAUGCAACUGCUGGAGAAGGAGGUGGAGAAGAGAGAUAGUGACAUCCAGCAGCUCCAGAAACAACUGAAGGAAGCAGAACACAUCCUGGCCACUGCUGUUUACCAGGCAAAAGAGAAACUGAAAUCCAUCGAAAGAGCCAGGAAAGGAAGCAUCUCAUCAGAAGAAAUCAUCAAGUAUGCUCACAGAAUCAGUGCCAGUAACGCUGUGUGUGCUCCUCUCAACUGGGUGCCAGGUGAUCCACGCAGACCGUACCCUACCGACCUGGAAAUGCGUAGCGGGAUGCUUGGUCACAUGGCCAACCUGUCCACCAAUGGUGUGAACGGUCAUCUGCCAGGAGACGCGUUAGCUGCUGGGAGGUUACCAGACGUCCUGACGCCUCAUUACCCGUGGCAGUCGUCUGAUGUCUCAGUGGGGAUGCUGCCCCCUCACCACGGCAAUGACUUUGGCCUGGAGCCUCCGGGUCACAACAAGGAGAAUGAAGAUGAUGUAGAGGCCAUGUCCACAGAUUCCUCCAGCAGCAGUAGUGACUCCGACUAAAAGUGUGUCUCAGAGUCAAGAAAUGCUGAGACGUGUGUGUGUGUGUGUGUGUGUGUGUGUGUGUGU